CGGACUGGUUUGGUCAUACAGAGGCAACCCCAGCAAACAUCAAAACUGGUAAAUUCUAGGAAGUUUUAAUGCAGAAACGAGUAAAUGACCUGACAAAUCUUCCAAAAACAAAUAUAAAAAAAUUUCCUUAAACCCCGUCCCUCUCUCUCUCUCUCUAUAAAUAAAGACUCCUCCGUCCUCUGUCACGCUUCAUCCUCUCUUUAUUUUCCUACCUCGUUCCCUCCUUAAUUUUAAUCCUUUCGUGCCAAAGCUGCCCUUUCUUUUUUCCUUUUUUGGGUUUUCGGUUUCUACUUUCAAACCUCUGCUCAUUUUCUGCUUCGUGGGAUUCACCACUUUCAACUGUGUCUGCUAAUAACCAUCUACAAACGACUUAAAUUUUGGUAAUCAAACCUCUAACAACUCACAAGAAUUACUACAGAUGAUCAAGAGAAACUUGGCAAAGUUUAACCAGACAAUGGGAUUUCAAAUAUCACAUUCCAAUAAGCUGAAAGUGAAACCUUUCUCGGAUCCAGAUAGUGAUGAUAAUGAUGAUGGUGCCAAUCAUGGCUCUGUGACAGGGAGGGUAUUAAUCCCACCUGAUGUUGUAGUCUAUGCUUCAUGGCUGGUGAAGCACCCAUCUGCUUUGAACUCAUUUGAUUCCAUAAUGAAAGAAGCUAAGGGCAAAAAGGUCGUCGUGUUUUUAGAUUAUGACGGCACUCUGUCACCAAUUGUUGAAGACCCUGAUACGGCCUUCUUGUCUGCUGAGAUGCGUGCGGCAGUUCGUGAAGUUGCAAAGUAUUUUCCAACAUCUAUAAUCAGUGGUAGGGGCCGAGAUAAGGUUAAAGAGUUUGUACAGUUGAAUAAUGUUUAUUAUGCUGGGAGUCAUGGAUUGGACAUAAUGGCACCACCUCGAGCAGUGAAGUCCUGUGAUAAAAAGGGGAAUGAAGGCGCCUUUCAACCUGCUAAGUUAUUUUUACCUGCAAUUCAAGAUAUAACCAUAGAGUUGGAAGACAAAAUUAGAGAAAUACAAGGUGCUAGGAUUGAGGAUAACAGAUUUUGCAUCUCCGUGCAUUAUCGGCAAGUUCCACCUCAGGACCAUGAAAUUUUAAAGGAGAAAGUGAAAUCUCUAGUUGAAAAUCGUCCUCAGUUUCGUCUGACGGAGGGUAAAAUGGUUUUAGAAGUCCGGCCAUCAAUAGAGUGGAACAAAGGUGAUGCCCUGAAUUAUUUGCUGGACACUUUAGGAUUUAGCAAUGCCAAAGAUGUUCUCCCAUUGUACAUUGGAGAUGAUCGAACUGAUGAAGAUGCAUUCAAGGUAUAUACAAAAUGAAUCUUGUUUUCUUUGAUUCUCUGUCUAUUCGACACUUUUUCUUUAUUAUUUCAGGUCAUAGCAGGUAGAAGGGAAGGGUUUCCCAUCAUUGUUUCUUCCAUUCCAAAAGAUACCAUAGCUUGGUACUCCUUGCGUGAUCCAUCAGAAGUCUUGGCUUUCCUUUUACGUCUGGCAAAAUGGAAGAAAUCGUAGGAUCCCUUCUUCAAGUAGAUCUUUGGGUCAUGUCAGCGGUUUAUAUAUAUGUACUGAAAUAACAGUGGAAAAGGGUCUUAAAAUGGAUGGAUCACUUUAGGGGUUUUUUUUUCAAAACUAUUGUGUAUCCAUCCGGCUUUUGUAAAUGAUAAAUCAGUUAGUUGUCAUGUUUAAGCUCAGGCUCCAAGACCCUUUCUUUUUUUUUUUUCCGCUUUCCUUUUUAAUGUGAAGCAAUUUGUAGCCUUCACAUUUACUGGUUUGAAUCAGUGGUAGUCGCCCUGAGAAACCAGUGCGGCCAUUGUCCCCUCGAAGCUUUUGUAACUUUUUGGUAUGUUGGAUUAUUGAAUAUUAUAUAU